GAAAGAGCGAGCUUCGCGAAGGCUUCUACUUUACUUCUUCUUUGCUCUAUCUCUCUAUCUUCCUUACCUCCUUACUCGCCACUUAUACGGGGAUUACGCAUUACAAAGCUGAUCCACAAUGCCCAAGAACGCUCUUUUAGGCUCCAUCGGCUUCAUACUCCUCUGCGUCUCUCAGCUCUUUAUCUGGUUCAUCAUCCUCCCCGGCGUCACGCACGACACGCCCUUCCGCCACACAUACUAUCUUCGCGCCGACACCAGCGGCAUCACAGGCGCCCGCGACGUUUCCCAGUGGACCUACUUCUUCAUCUGCGGCCUGAACAACAACGACUGUGGUCCUUCUCAUCCAGCCAUUCCUUUCGGCUUUGCCUGGGCCAGCAAUGCGCAGAACGUGCCGCCGGGGCUCGGUGGUAGCCAUGGCAGCCACACGACGUCGUUCCAUUACUUCUACAUGUGGCGCUUUGGUUGGGUGUUUUUGCUCAUGACGCUCUUCUUCGAAGUCGUGGCUUUCUUCACUUCGAUCCUGGCCUGCUGCGGCCGUCUCGGCGCAGCGCUAGCCUUUGUCGUCUCUAGCAUUGCUCUCUUCUUCUAUACGCUCGCCGUAUCUAUCAUAACCGCUACAUUCUGCGAAGCCCGCAACCGCUUCCACGACGUUGGCCGCUCUGCCAAGAUUGGACCCUGGGCCUUUGGUUUCCUCUGGGGUUCCUACACGGCCCUUCUCAUCGCUGUCAUUCUCUUCGCGCUGGGCAUACGCUCAAAUCCCACUUUCGACUUUCGUCGCCGGCAAAGCUCUCGCGAACCGACUGGAAGUCGGGGCCGCUCCUACGACGGUCGCCGAGUCAAAGAAGAGUAUUCGUAA